AGGAAGCGCUGCGCCCGGCCCGACGGCGCUCGUUGGAGCCACAUCCGCGGGUCGCCGGCGUCGCUGCCGGCGCCUGUCACCGGCCCCUCCAUCUUGAAGGGAAGGAGGCCGCCGUUUGCCACCGCAGGGGCGGGCAGCCGCGCGCUCAUGGCGUUCAGUCCCUGGCAGAUCCUGUCGCCCGUGCAGUGGGCCAAGUGGACGUGGUCCGCGGUCCGCGGCGCGGGCGCCGGGGAGGAAGAAGCCGGAGGUCCCCCAGAGGGCGACCCCGAGGAGGAGGAGGACUCGCAAGCCGAGACCAAAUCCCUGAGUUUCAGCUCGGAUUCUGAAGGUAAUUUUGAGACUCCUGAAGCUGAAACUCCAAUCAGAUCGCCUCUCAGGGAGUCUUGUGAUUCACCACUAGGAUCGACAGAUCCCGAGGCCAAAACCCAAGAACCACAAGAAGCCGAUGAACAGUUCGUAGCAGAAGUAACUGAAAAAUGUUCAUCCGAUCCGUGUUCUAGAUCUUCAGAAAAUGAAGUGCCGCAGGCGCCCACUGAUUCUCACUCAGUCAAGGAUGGCAAAGGAGAAACCCACCAUGACGUUAGUAAGAUCUCAGUGGUGAGGCCGUUUUCGAUAGAAACCAGGAGUUCCGCAGAGGAGCCGCCAGCUCUUGGACCCAAAGCAUCCCAUGGCUGUGUGCCUGCGCUCACGGGCGAGGCUUUGCCCUCCGCUGCAUCGGAAGCCGCUCAGGACAAGUCAGGGACAGAGGGGGGCAUGGGGGUCACAUCAGAGGCUUUUACAGAAGCCGGUCUGAAGACUGGAGAGCCCAUGGCCAGCAGGAGCAAGCUAAGGAAGCCCAAACCUGUCUCCCUGGGGAAGAAGACAGCCGGAGGUGACAGCUCGGGAGCGGAAAUGGUCACGGAGGGUUUGCCUCUCCCUAAGGCUUCCUCCCUGACGAUUCCUGAUGAAUUCGAUAAGAACACACAUCCCAGGGUGCUGAGGGGUGCCAGGGCCCAGAAGUCUUCCCUUAACCUCACAGAAGCUGCCAACACUCUCAGUAAUGGCACCAGUGGUUCAGGGGUUGAGCCGCAGGAGGAGUCCAGGAACUCGCCUCUCAGACUUGAGUAUGAUUGUAUAGAAGAUGGGGAAAAUGUCGAGACCAGGAGUGCCCUUCCAAGGAAACCUGCUAACAAACUGACGCCCGACGUACGGAAAGACAGCAUCAGUCAGCCAGUGGAUGUCGAACAGCCUGCAGACCCAAGAGUCCAAGAUGCUGCCGUCUCCCAAACGUCUCCUAAGCCAGAUCCGAGUAAACGGGGUCACCCCAGCUUGAAUUCCUCCGGGAGCUGCCCCAUUCUGCAGAGCUCCCCACCCCUCUCCUGCAGAGGCUCCUACCACUUUGACCCAGAUAACCUGGAUGAGUCCAUGGAUCCCUUUAAGCCAGCCACAGCGUUGACAAGCAGCACCCUUUGUCCCGCCACUGGUAAUCAUGUUAAUGAAAUCUUAGACUCACCCAAGAAGGCAAAGUCGCGUUUAAUAACGAGUGGCUGCAAGGUGAAGAAAUACGAAACUCAGGCUCUUGAUUUGGAUACGUGUUCUCAGGAUGAAGGAGCUGUGAUCUCGCAGAUCUCAGACAUUUCCAAUAGGGACGGCCACGCUACUGACGAGGAGAAACUGGCGUCCACAUCCUGUGGUCAGAAGUCAGCUGGAGCAGAGGUGAAAGGCAUAGAGAAGGAGACAUGCCAGAAGACGGAGAAAGAGGAGUCGACUGUGCAUGGAGCGCUGGAGUCCUCUUCAGAAAAGGCCCCCGUGUCCGUGGCCUGCGGGAGUGAGAGCCCCCUGGAUGGGAUCUGCCUCAGCGAAGCAGACAAGACCGCCGUGCUCACGUUGAUCAGAGAAGAGAUAAUUACUAAAGAGAUUGAAGCCAAUGAAUGGAAGAAGAAAUAUGAAGAGACCCGAGAAGAAGUCUUGGAGAUGAGGAAAAUUGUGGCUGAAUAUGAAAAGACCAUUGCCCAAAUGAUUGAAGACGAGCAGAGGACAAGCAUGACCUCUCAGAAGAGUUUCCAGCAGCUGACGAUGGAGAAGGAGCAGGCCCUGGCUGACCUGAACUCUGUCGAAAGGUCCCUUUCUGAUCUCUUCAGGAGAUACGAAAACCUGAAAGGCGUGCUGGAAGGCUUCAAGAAGAAUGAAGAAGCCUUGAAAAAAUGUGCUCAGGAUUACUUAGCUAGAGUUAAGCAGGAAGAGCAGCGGUACCAGGCCCUGAAGAUUCACGCCGAGGAAAAACUGGACCGAGCCAACGAAGAGAUUGCUCAGGUGCGCGCCAAGGCCAAGGCUGAGAGCGCGGCUCUCCAUGCUGGACUCCGGAAAGAGCAGAUGAGGGUGGAGUCUCUGGAGCGGGCCCUUCAGCAGAAGAACCAAGAGAUUGAAGAACUGACGAAAAUCUGUGACGAGCUGAUCGCAAAACUGGGGAAGACGGACUGAGGUUCCUCCCGCGAGCCGUGCGGAUCAGAGUCUGGCUGCUUGUGUCGUGACCACAGUUAUCUUGCCUUAUCCAGAAGUAACCCCUCCUUUGCAGAGAAAGACAACUUUUUAAAAAGCACAUGCCUGCUGCUGCCUCUCCCGCUUCAUGGCCCCUGCCGCGGCUGGAGCCUGGCUGCUGGGGAAGGAGCGAGGGGAUGCAGAGGCCCGCGCGCGCGUGCGUCCAGGCUGUCGCUUCCGUUAGACGGGCUGCUGGGUCCAGUGUGUGCUGCUCCAUCUCCACUUCGUCUUCACCUUUCCCGAGUUUGUGAAGUUUCUAAUUUUGUGGCGACUGUGUGGGAUUAUCUUCCCAGCACAUAUUUGAUAUUUUUAUGACCUGGUUAAUCUUUUAAAAUUUCAAUAUCAGCAGUUUUAUUGAAGGAGACAGUUUGGCCUAUUGCUACUAACAAUGAGACUCUGAGUUCCCUUUUAUUUCCAGACUUUUACUCAUGCAUGUACCUCUCUACAUGCCGCUGCUUUUCCCCUGAGGCGUAUUCAGAUAAGAAUUUCUAGGGAGGAGUGUAGUCACAUAAAUAAAUACAGAUCCUUCUUUCGAAACAGAACCCUAGGUCUAAAAGCCAGCUUCAGACUCUGUAGGGGCUGACAACAUAGCCCUGUUGCUAGAGUGCGUCCUAUACACAAAGGCCUUGGGUUUGAUCCCCAGAACUACAAAAGCUGGAUAUUGUAGUGCAUGCCUGUUAUCCUAACACUCCCGAAGUGGAGGCAGGGGGAUCAGAAGUUCAAGGUCAUCCUCAACUACAUAGCCACUUGGAGGCCAGCCUGGGCUAUAUGAGACCAUGUUUAAAAAGGGUGAAUGGAAGCAUGGUGACAUUUUAGCUUUUGGGAGACUAGGUCAGGAAAAUCACUCGAACCUGGGAUUUAAGGACAGCACCAUACUAGGCAGUGUAGACCUUUUCUCAGAAAUCAAACACCCAAACCAACACUUGAGUCAGGGUGGGGAGAUUGGGGAUAUGAAGAUCAGGGACAUAGGUUUUGUGUCCAAGGAAGACGUUUGCUGCCCAGUACUGGACACCCCCAGGCCCCAGCAUGGCCCUUUGUGCUCACAAUGAAAGUAGCCUCUCACAUCCAUGAACAGCAGCGUGGUCCUCCCUCAGAGCUGGCAUUUGAUGGAUGUGUCCACCUGGGGGCAGUCUCUAAGACAAAAUCAGCCAUGGUUAUCUAUCUGAAACACACACAAAAGGGACUUGGGAAAGGGUCAGCUGAUCUUGUUCACAGAUCAGGGCAUCCCUAAGGACCAGUUAGAGGGUGAAGGACUGUGGUUUUCUGUGUUUACAAGCAUGGCACACUUCCGAGACUUCAAAACGGCAGCAAAUGCUUUCAUACUGGAGGUGGACUUUUAAACAAAACAGGCAGUAAGAAGUCAUGUGACUCAUGCCCCAAAUCAGCUGAAUGCUGGGGAGGGCAGUGCAGGAGAAGGUCCACACAGACAGAAUGAAGUUCUGUUAACUCCUACUGGGGGACCUUAACCCCCAAAUAGAGAUCUCCCACAUUGAUGCCAGUGAGUUCCUUUCCAUUUGAUAGGCAAAACCAAAUCCAUUCAAGUUUUCACGAAUUUUUUGCCUUAAUCUUCUACCCUGAGUUGUCGUGGUAAAAAUGCACUAUUCAGUACACAUAUAUUUUCCUCCUUGUAAAACUGUUGCAUGAGCCAACUCCAGAAAUGAGCUGUGCCUCGUGGAGAACCUCUGUAGAUCUUAGAAACAGUACCCCUUUAGCAGUGUGUUACCAUGUGGGCGCAAGCUUUCAGCUCUAGGGAGUGAGUAAUGUCUUCUCAAGCUAGAAAUCACAUUUUGUCAAUAUGCAUUUAUUAUAAUUGGUGCUUAGGUUAGGCUGUAUUUGGAGGCCUACUGUCUUAACAUUUUGUACAAAAACACAAACAAGUUAUCUGUGGUUGGAGAAAUGGCUUGACAAUCAUUGGGGCUCUGAAUUUAGUCACAGUGGCUUAAUGUGAAGGCUGUAGCUGUAGGACAUACUGCCAGGUUCAAGUGUCUUCAGGGGGCCUAACCAGCAUCUGCUUAGCUCUCUUCCACAAGAGUAGUUAAUUUUGCAUUUUGAGAAACACCGCAGAAGUUUCUGCUGCAGUAUUACGGUAGUAUCUGUGUGUGUGUGUGUGUGUGUGUGUGUGUGUGUGUGUGUGUGUGUUUUGUAAUGGCUUUUCUUUUCAGUCUGAACGGCCUAGAGUGGUCUCCAUCAUAAAUCUAUAGUCCUUGUUUCCUGAAUUUUUUAUUUCAUUUUAUUUAAAAAAAAAUUUUUUUUUUAGUACUGGGAAUUGUACCCAGGGUCUUGAACGUGCUAGGCAAGUACUUUACUGUGGAGCUACAUCUCUGUCCCCGGCCCUCUUUUUAGGCUGGUUCCUCUACUGUAUGUUACAGAGCCUAGAAGAGGCGUGGUGACCACCCUUCCCUGCCACACUGGCGGAAGAGACUCCUUGAAAAACAGGCCCUGCUAAAUGAAGUUGCUGUACAGGGGACAUAAAAUAGUCCUGUAAGCAAUAUUUGCCAGUGGCCUCUUAGUCAUCACCAUUACCAGGAAAUGUCCACAACUUCUGGCUUAUGGAUACUCUCCAACAAGCAUAAAAAUGUAGCUCGCCCAGCUGGUGAAUUAAGAAAAUAUACCAGGCAGAGUAAAGUAUAUUUAUUUUUCUUUUAAUUAAAUGAGCCCUAAAAAGGCUCUUAGCACUCUAGAGAGUAAAAAUAUAAAGUUUCUUUCAACACACGCUGGGGGCCAAAUACUUGUUUGUUAGGCAAUUAAAAGGGGGGACCAGGCAUGGUGGCACACUCCUAUAAUCCUAGCAUUCUGGAGGCACAGGCGGGGACCAAAAGUUGAGGCCUGACCGGGCUUUACAAUGAGACCCUGUCUACAAAGACUUAAGAGCUGAGGGUGUGACUCAGUGGCUGCCUUUGCUCACUGUGUACGAGGCGUUGGUGUCAAGCCCCAGCUUUGUAAAAAUAAAUAACAAAAAACUUCAAACACAAGGGUUGUGGAUGCUGCUGGCUCAGAAAGUGGUGUGGGAACAUUAGGUGGUCUUGUUGAGACUCUCAGCACAGACCUAAAAUGAGUUCUACUUUGCCAAAGUGUAGACAGCUUUGACCUGUCAGUAUCGCAGCUUACUGUGCGGUUACUCUGUUUGGAGACUGGUCACUUCCCUAAAUUUUGUAUGCCGUGUGCUUGGCGCGCCAGUGUGGAGUCAGGCAUCUUCAGAACCAGACCAAAUUAGGAAGUGCAGAAGCCCACGGUGUGGAGCUCUGCCCCGGCAGGGGAUUCCUGUCGUUGAGGAUUAUAGUUCAAGCUCAACUUUCUUUCCAGCCAGGGCCCCCUCCCUUCCUCUCUGUGCAGACUUGCCCAUGCACAAAUGCUCACUCCCUGGGCAGCCCUGGAUUGACCACAGUAGACCAGAGCCCCUCCGCAGCUCCCAGUCAUCGGGAACCGUGGCAAAGUUCAGGGCACACCGGAUUGAAAGUGAUGCAGACCUUCUGCAUUCCCUCCCCUAGUUCUUAGUCUCGUGUCAGUUGUGAUCUGUGAAUCGGUCGUUCCUGCUGUCUCUCUGUAGGUCUGUGACCCUCUGAGCUUGCUCUCAGGUUUCUUUUCUUCUUGGGAAGAGAGAAUAUAGGUGUUGAAAGAGUAAAUGAUUCAGGCAAGGAAUUUAAGGAUGUAUAUAUUGUGAAGACUUUUAAGGAUAGGAGAUUACUAUUUACUGACUGAAGAACAGAUAAAGUCUGGGAAUCCCAGGACACCAAGCCAAAGGUCUAAGAAAUCAUCUUUCAAAAAGUUUUAAUAAUGAAGUUAUUUCAAGGAAACUGAUGUUCACAAAGGUUUGGCUGGCCUCCAGAUUCCAGUUACUUUAAAAAACCCGUUUCCCAGGGCUGGGGAUGUAGUUCAGUUGGUGGCACCCUUGCCCGGCACGCUCGAGUCCCCGGAUUCCAUCCCCAGUGCUGGGCAGGGGCAAGCAUUUACCACUAGAUUCUUCAGGGUCCCAUACGGAUAGUAAAGGGAAAUAAAUGUAUAGAAACAGCAUUUCUCCUCCUCAGUUCCCUUCUGAAACAGAGUCCAGAGCACAGGCAAGCACUUGGCAUGGCCGAAACUAAAGAUUGCACCUUCUAGUAGAUUCUACCCAAAUGCAGCUCCUCUCUGUGCCUGUCAGCAUGCAGUUAGAUCUGGACAAAUAAGAUUCCUGAGGAAUGACUUUCUUAACUAUUCUAUGGUUUCAGCUUUAUGUAAACACAUGUAUUCUGGUUCUAGUUCCACUAUGAAGAUGCUGCUGCAGUGCUGGCCUUAGGUAGUCUGUAUGAUGCUUUAACUGCUCAGAGGAGGCCAGGCAUGGGGCUGAGGUGUGGCCUGAACCUUCCCUGUAUGGAGUCUUCAAUACCGAUGUCCAGAUGCCACUCUGUCCCUCUGCCUUUUGGUGGUAUCUGAACAUGCUCAACAAAAGUUCUUCCUCUUCAUGUAAGUCACUGACUCUAUUUGUGAAUCAUUGCCAAACGGACACAAUAGAAAUUUGAACUCUGAAACCACAUCCGAUCCAGAUACAGGGCAGCGUCUAGGUCACACCUGCAGCCUCAGCUUGGUCCUUUGCCACCCUGGGGACAGGAUUCGGGCAUUCCGAUAAGUCCCCCAGGCAGCAGUCAGCUUUCCAGUAUCGCUGUUGGCGAGUCGGUGUUUGCCAGUAGAUACCCACUGUACUAACGUGCCAAGUGUUUAUUGCACAUCUGCUUCCACUGUGUUCUCCAGUGCCCUGAAGUGUGCGAGGAGCCCUUCACCAGGCCGGGGGGACACGCCACAUUGACUCCUGUUGUCAGGGCUGUGUUGUGUGGAAUAAUCAUCCUCAUAGAUUUUAUACACAUAGUAAUUUCCCUUUUUAUAUGUCAGGUAAAUAUUUGUAAAAGUUAUACUCACACAAAAGAAUUAUUAUGAUAAUUACUAAUAUAUUUUUUCCAUGUUUCAUUGCCUGAAUAAAAACUGUUUACCACUGUUAAA